GGCAGGUCGCAGCUGUUGGGGCCGCCCGCCCGUUCGCCAGGGCCAUGGCUUCCCCGGCUAUCGGGCAGUACCCUUACCCGCUGCUGCUGGAUAAGGAACAGCAGCUCUUCCUGCAGAGCCUGAGCGCCAACGAACGGAAGAAGAUCCUCAAGCGCUCCGCUUCCAAUGACAUGAAGCAGCCGCCGCCGCUGCCGCCGCCGCCGCCGCCGCCAAGGCGGAGGCAGCCGCAGGAGCAAGAAGAGCCGCAGCCUCCCCGCGCUGUGGGGGCCGUGUCCCAGUGGGGCGCGGACGGAGGUAGCGGGCUGGAGAAGGGCGCUCUGAAGGCGGGACGCGCCGAGGCUCUGCGAGAGCGUCCUACGGAGAGCCGCGGGGCUUUGCCCUUCGCCUCCUGCCGCGGGAGGCCCCUCGGGACCGCGGUGGAAGCCGAGCGUGAGGCGCCCGUCGGGCAAGCGGCUGAGGACGGAGCCGAGGUUCGCGCGGCUCCCAUCCCGCCCGGAGAAGAGGCUGCGCUCGGGGCUCACUUAAUACCCCGGGAGCUGCCCGCUUCUCCCGGCCCCGCGGCUAAGCCUUCCCGCUCCGGCCAGCACCACCACCACCACCAGCGGCUCCGGCUGAGGUCCGGAGCUCCUCGCCUCCUGCCCGACGUGCGCACCAUUUUCGAGCAGCCGCGGGACCCCCGAGUGCGGGAGGAGAAGGGAGAAGGGCACCGCUUCGAAGGCUUCACUCUCUGGAAGGGCUGGUGCGACCUGUGCGGGGAGGCGGUGCAGCAGCGGGCGCUCCGCUGUGCCAACUGCAAAUACACCUGCCAUCAGGAAUGCAGAAGACUCAUCCAACUGGAUUGCAGCCAACGGGAAGGAGAGACCCACAACAAACCUUCACCAGAAAAUACCUUAACACAGAACUAUUGCCAGAAUGUAACAAAGACAGUGGAAGAAGCAAAACCUAAACCUCCUACUACCCAAGAGCUGAAAGAGAUGAUUAGCAAUUACAACUCAAAAGUCAACAAUUGCUUGCUGAUGAAGCUGAAUGAUGAUGGCACUUAUACAGGUUUCAUCAAAGUGCACCUAAAACUGAGGCGUCCUGUGACAGUCCCAGCAGGGAUUAGGCCACCAUCUAUUCAUGAUGCCCUCAAGGAAGUCAAUUUAGCUAACAUGACAGAGAAAAGAACAUCAUUCUAUCUACCCUUGGAUGCCAUCAAACAGUUACAUAUCAGCAGCACAACAACUGUGAGUGAGGUGAUACAGGGACUCCUGAAGAAAUUUAUGGUGGUGGACAACCCACAGAAAUUUGCACUUUUCAAACAGAUGGAGAAAGAUGGUCAAGUUCUUUCCCAGAAGCUUCCAGUCACAGAAUGCCCUUUGUACCUCCGGCUCCUAGCGGGCCCUGACACGGAUAUUCUGAAUUUUGUGUUGAAGGAAAACGAAACGGGAGAAGUUGAGUGGGACAACUUCUCCAUUCCAGAGCUACAGAAUUUUCUAGUAAUACUAGAAAGGGAAGAAAAAGACAAAAUCCAGCAAGUGCAAAAAAAAUACAACAGGUUUAAACAAAGACUGCAAGAGGCCUUGAAAGAAGCAAAUGGGAAGCCCGGAUAACCAAGUAUGGCUAGCAAAAAAACUCAAUUUUAGAGUCUAAAUAAAUAAUUAAAUAUAUUUAAAAGAAAUUAAAAACAAAACCGAACAACAACUUUUACUUUCUCAGGACACUUUUCAGUUUGGUUGUAACCCAAGCUUUGCUUAGAACUGGUAGAUACAGACAGGGGAACUGACCCUCUAGUACCAGAAGCGGUGGCUGCUUUUCCUUCUCCAUGGUCGCACUGCCUGGAAACUCUGCAACGAUGCUGAAUGUCUACUUUAUUGGUUGGUUUAUUGUACAAAUGUUAAGGCUGGAAUGAAAUGGCUAUCUCCCCUUCCUGCCAUCCUGAUACCUCACCUGUGGAUUUGUGUUAUGUGCAGUCGACAUGUAUAGUAAAGUGUUCUCUGUGAUCAACUCAUCCACAUAACCAUCAGCAAACAGAAGAACCUUAGUCUGAUAUAAGUGAGACACAUCAUAAAAAAUGCCAAACGUAUUGUUGCACAAGAAAAACGAACUGAACAAUUGCCAAGGAAGUGGCAGAAUAGCGGCAUGACUUCAGGAAUGGCUGUGGACAUGAGAAAGAGUACAUUUCUCGGAGGAAAAAAAAUCCCUCUGAUUUUAGGAUUCUGAUAUAAAUAGGGUGUGGCGUAGCCCUACAGUUGGAACCCGCUUUGCCCUAAUGCGGAACCAGUUCUGAAGGCUUUGGCAGCUGAUUGUUAUAUUUACCUUUAUUAAUAUACGUUGGAAGCAUUAGUCACAUGUUAUCCUAGAAUUUAUGUGAAGCCUCUGAAAGGAAAUAAUCUUGGGUGCUAUUGAGACUCAUAGUAGAAAAUGAGUUGCAAUUUGCAAUUGCUCAGCUUACUGGCUCUUUCACUUUGCAGGGUCAUGCCACCUGAUUAAAGGUGCAAGUUCCAAAUAGCUGGCUGUUCCGUUUCUGUUUUGGAAACCUGAACUGGAGAAAUAAAAAGUAAAUGUGACAAUAGAACAAAUAUUAUGAGAGAUGGGCAAUGCAUUUGAAAACAUGGGCAUUGUUAUCUAAGCUCUUAUAGUUAUAUAGAAUUUCCUGUUUGACUGAAUGCCUCUGAUGUAGUUGCAGGUGUAUGGGAACAACUUCUGCAAGAUGAUCUCCUGUAUUUGGAACCCGACUCUGAAUUAUGCACUCGCUUACAAUAGGGAUGGAUAAAUUGGGAAUAUAUAUGGCAACUUUAGGGUAGUCAGGCACAGUUUACAAAUGUAUUGGAUUGUCUCACAUUGGAGUGGCUGAUAAAACUGGCUGCAGUUUGCUAGAUGAUGUAGAAUAUAAGGCAUUAUUCUCCUGUUUAUAAGGUUGGGUGAGACAAAUGAUUCCUUCAUUGUUUUUCCUGCCCCACCCUUUUCUCAGUGUAGUUUCAACAAUAGUUCAUUGAGUCAAACUAGGUUUCAUGUAUUUCCCCUUUGAGGGCUAACUUAAUCAUGCAUUAGCCAUUUAAUCCAGCGUGUAACUGUCUUGACUUGGCUGACUGAGCAAACUCGAGGCUCCCUUUCCCCUGCAUUGCAAAUACUAGCCUGUUUUUUAAAACAAACAGGAUCAUUUUUCUUACAUUAAUUUGAUAAUUAAGCCAGUACCAAGACUCUAAUUUUAUUAGGCCAAGAGUUAAUCUGUUGUCAGAACCUGAUGAAGCCUUCUUUGAAGAUUCUUUAAGCAUAUUGGGAGGGGGGGCAUAUGAAGGGAAAAAGAUGUUUCCAGCUCUAGCAUUGCGGGGUUAUGCAUAGAGGUGUACCUUGCAAUAAAAAGAAAUUAAUCAAUCAGAAAAAGCAAGGAACAAAUUUAACUACUGUAUUUUUCGGUGUAUAAGACACGUUUCCCCCCCCAAAAGUGGGUGGAAAUGUCUGUGCGUCUUAUAGAGCAAAUGUUGCCGAAGCCCUGCCCACCCACCAGCCCCCACACUUCGGCCUCUGCCUCCCAGCAAUUUGUCUCCUUGCAGCAAACAGCCUGGUCAGCUUCAGCACAGCCUGAUUUAGCACAAGCAGCUGAAUGGCGGUUGGAUCUGCCUCCCGGAAUACCCCCUAUCAGCUGUUCCAGGCUGUGGGGAUUGCUGCCGCCCAUCACCACUGUCCUGCCCAUCGAUGCCUCCACGCCAUUUCCGGCCUAUGCGCAUCCCAUUUUUGGCCUGUUCCAGGUGGUUGGAAGCAGCAGCGGUGGCAGUCCCCACCGCCUGGAACGGGCCAAAAAUGGGACACCUGGAGGCCAAAAACAGGGCGCGUGGAGGCUUAAAAUGGGGCGUGCGGAGGCAGUGAUAGGUGGCGGCGAUCCCCGCAGCCUGGCAGAGGCAGACUUUUUCCCCUUAUUUUCCUCCCCAAAAGCUAGGUGCGUCUUAUAGUCCAAAAAAUAUGGUAAAUUCAUGCUGAAGCAAAGCUACACACCAUCUUCCUCAGGACUGUAGAAAUGAUUGAUGAAACAAAAAAUGUGAAACCCCAGGAGUUUUCAUGUCUGCAUAGUUAGAGAAAAGGAAGAGUGAAGCCAGUUUUCUUAAGUCAUUAAAGAUCUUCUCUCCAAGAGGGAUAAUAUAUAUACUGUUUUAUUUUCAUCAAAGAGGAAGGAGAACUAUUUCCUGCUCUUCCCUUUGGCAUGUCUUGAACAUUUCUAUAGAAGGCAUGGCUUCUUAUGCAAUUGAUGUUAAUGCUGCUGACUAAGCCUCCUGUAUAUAGGCAGGUGGUUGGGUUUUUUUUUAAAUAUUAUAUAGCUAGGGGCAUUAAGCUGAGGAAAAAAGAUGAUGCUUAGAAUGGGAGAGAAUGCAGAGCCGUUUGAUCUGUGGUAGAACAAAAGCCUUAGGUGUGGAGGCCCCUACUUAAAAAGCGCAGACUACUGCUAGCAGUGCCUUUGUUUAGUAUAUUAUGUUGCUUGCAUCUGUUUGUGUGUGUGUGUGUGUGUGUAUUUUUGUUCAGAAUGGUCAGCUACGAACACAUAUAUACAGUCUGUAUAGAAUGGAAUUAGUGAAAGCGUUUGUGGACAAAGUAAAUACAUUUUUGCAAUGCUGUAAGUUAUUUUUACUACUGUUUCAGCCCUGUGACUUUUUUUAAUGUCACCAUCUGACUUUUUUUUUAAAGUUCCUUCUCAAUUUGGUUAUAUGAUGCAAACUGUUGUAAGAAACUAUUAAAAAUAAAGGAUAUCUGAUAUAAAGAA